CCUCCUUACGACCUCGUCUUUAGAACCUCGCAGACGUAUGGCACCCGUGAAUUUCCUGCGAAAAAGGGCGUCGUUGAAUAGGCACGUGCCAGUGGCCUGCAUCGCCCCCGGGCAAACAAACUCGGGAGUCGUGCCCCAAAGGACCACAUAUCCUUCCUUCGCACCCUCAUACGACUAUGCCUCGCGUGCUGCCUCCAGAGCUCACCGAUCAUAUCAUCGGCUUCGCAUGGGAGGACCCACCGACUCUGCGGAGCUGUGCGCUGACGUGCUGGGCGUGGCGAGCUGCGAGUGAGCUCCAGCUGCAGGCCUUCCACGAAUUACGACUCCACAACGUCGCUGAUCUGGCGCUGGUCUCGAAACGCGUCGCUCGGCCUGAAAGCAGACGGUUCCUCCGCGCUAUCGAGCAUAUCACCAUCCGAGAAUGCCCGGAGAGGCCAUACGUGCACACAGUGCCGCUGUGCAUCCCUGGGCUAUUCGUCCCGCAUCUUCAAUCGAUAGCGUUCUACAACAUUGGUCUACAGAAACCCGACGUCACAGUCAAUUGGCAUCACAGCUUCUUCACUCACCUCUCGUCGUACAAGUCGGUGACGCGCUUGAAUCUUGAAUGUUGGUGAUAGUCACUUUCGUGACUUUCGUGACUUGCGCCGGAUCGUCGACGCGCUUCCAGCACUAAAGCAUGUCGUAUUCUCAAAACUGCGCUUCCUAGGCCCAUUUCCUGGCGUACGGCCGAGUCUGAUCCAGGAACCUGGACGUCCUCGA